UGUUGUCUUCGAUUUCCCGUUUGGGGAAGGGAUUUUGCUUCAGUUUCUCGUGUUGAUUAUUUUGCGCAUUUGAAUUGAUAGUUUGAUACUCUCUUUAAUCCGAGGCAGAUUCUGUUGCGUCUUGUUACCAAUCAGGGUUGGAUCUUUUCUUGUGUUCUNUUCAUAUGGGCCAGCUUCGUUUUCCUUGUCAUUUUUGAUAGAAUUUUCCAGGGUUGCAUUUGUUGGUGUUUCGUUGGGUUAGUGUGUGUUUGAUGAUUGAGAGUGUGUCUAUGGUUUGCUUAAUGGUUUCUGAUCUCGGGCGAGGGAUUUGAGAUAAUUGCGUGACUGUUAAAGAAAAGGGCAUUUGAGUUAAUCUUUCUGUCAUUUUUUCGAGUUUGUUGAUCUUCAAGACAAAAUCUAUUUAGAUCACAGUCAUUUCCCAAAGUCAGGAUCGUUUUGAGUAAUUGAUCUCGUAGAAGGAAGCUAGAAUUCAUGAUUUGUGACGAGCAUGGCUGCGGAUACUGAUUGUACGCCUCCUUUUGCUAAUAUAGAAAGUGGUGAUAGUGAAGUUUCUGUUGUGGAAGAUGAGAUAACCGUAAGCUCGGAUGAGCUGAAGCAGACAUUGAAUGGUAGACCACCACGGCAUGUCUCGGUCGUAAGGCAUUCUAUAAGCACCACCACUUUGGUACCGCCCUCUGAUUUGGAUUCUUGCACUGGAGUGACUGCAAUCAAUUCCCCAUCAGAUUUAGUAUCAAACUAUGUACCAGUCUUUCGCUCUGGAAGUUGUGCUGAGAAAGGACCUAAGCAGUACAUGGAGGACGAACAUAUCUGCAUCGAUGAUUUGCCUCUGCAUUUAGGUGAUACUGCGAGUUUCCCUUCACCUGGAGCUUUCUACGGGGUGUUUGAUGGCCAUGGAGGCACAGAUGCAGCGUGUUUCGUGCGAACCAAUAUCCUCAAGUACAUAGUAGACAACUCCUUCUUCCCGGCAUGCCUGGAGAAAGCAAUCAAAAGCGCCUAUCUCAAAGCCGAUUACACAUUCGCUGACGACACUUCUGUCGACAUAUCUUCCGGCACCACUGCUUUGACUGCUUUCAUAUCUGGAAGAAAAAUGAUAGUGGCCAACGCUGGUGACUGCCGAGCAGUGCUCGGAAAGCGCGGGAAAGCAAUCGAGAUGUCUCGGGACCACAAGCCCAACUACACGUCCGAGCGGCUCCGAAUCGAGAAACUCGGCGGGGCAAUCUACGAUGGCUACCUCAACGGCCAGCUGUCGGUCUCACGGGCCCUUGGGGACUGGCACAUGAAGGGCCCGAAGGGCUCGGCCUGCCCGCUUAGUGCGGAGCCCGAGCUGCAGGAGACCCUCUUGAGUGAGGAUGACGAGUUCUUGAUAAUGGGCUGUGAUGGGCUGUGGGAUGUGAUGAGCAGCCAGUGCGCGGUCAGCAUGGCCCGUAAGGAGCUGAUGCUCCAUAAUGACCCUGAAAGAUGCUCGAGGGAGCUGGUUCGGGAGGCCCUGAAGAGGAACACGUGUGAUAACCUGACGGUUGUUGUGGUCUGCUUCUCGCGGGACCCGCCGCCGAGGGUGGAGGUAGCACCGGCUAGGGUGGAGUGGGUUGAAUUUAUUGUUCUGAAUUGGAUAAAUUUUAAUCAUUGA